AUGGCCCUCUUGUCGCGGCCGUCUCUCCGCUCUGUGCGACGGAACCCCAACCACUUGGGGAAUGACGGUCGCCCCCCGCCGAUGAAGAAACAGAGAACCCUAGAGGAAUAUGGCUUGCGCCGUCGAAGGAGUUCUCCAGACUGCCUCGACACGACGACAACCCAGGAGAGCCACCCGGUCGGGAAAGUUCGCUCCGCAAAUCCUCCCUUGAGCGCCACGCGCCCGCGGACUGCGACGACACGCGCUCGCGGCCACUCCUCUGCCUCGGCGGACUCUAUCGCGUCCAAUCAAUUGAAAACACCCGGCCGUCAUAUAAACGGUAAUAGAUCUUCUGGGUCGCCUCGUGUGCCCGAUCGGAACACCCCUGCGAUUCAUCAUCUGCACGACGACCGUGAGUCUCCAGACCCAUUGGAUACCAUCUCCCCCGCCCCGACUACUAUCAGACCACGAUCUAGGGCGUCUGUCCACGCGCCCGAAUUCGAGAAGCCCAAGUCCCCUGCGACUACCCGUAGCACCCGACACAAUAACGAACCCCUAGAGCCGGUCCACACAAUCAAGCAAGAAGAAUCAGAGGCACAGCCGGCUCCCACGAGCCCGGUCGUUGAGACACGAUCGCAGCCUACGCGCAGGAGUGAACUUGAUCUUCUUGAGAAUGAGCUUGUGCCCGCGCCGACAGGAACAGAAAGGCGGUCGCUGCGCUCCGCAGACACUGGUUCUCGUAAGAGCGAACUUGCCCAGUACUUCUACAAUUAUGAGCAGAUCAUCAGUCUCGAUCAAUCAAAGCCUGAAACACUUGCCGCCAAUACAAAUGUCACAUUAAUAGACGACCUUUCCGAGCCAUUACCUUUUCCUUCUACCCCAGACCCCAUGCCAUUUGGGAAUCCGCUGCAGAAACUUUACAAUUGCGAGGUGAUCUCGCUCCCGAUCCCUGUCUCACAACCUGAAGAUGAUCCUCUCUGCGAAGAACUAUACUUCCGUUCGCAUCGCCGGUUUGAACGCCAGGAGAAACAGCUGCGAAACAUCGAGCGAGAUCGUGCACAGCACGAAAAGCAGCAGGUAGAUCGCCUACUGGAAGAACUACGCGGUCAAGAUUGGCUGCGUGUAAUGGGACUAACCGGUGUUCAUGAGAGCGAGAAGAAGCUCUACGAGCCAAAACGCGAGAUUCUCAUCCAAGAGCUGGUGGCCUUGGUAAACAAGUUCCAAGUCUGGAAAGACGAAGAGAGGCGACGUAAGCUUGCUAAAGAAAAGUCACAUCCUUCUACAGAUGAGGCCGAGUCCCGACGUUCACGGAAGCGUUCACGUCCGGCCGAAGAAGCGGAGGAAAGCUCCCUUUCACCGGGAGUCCCACCCAGCACUCCCGACCCCAAUGAUGUGGAUGCCUGGGCCGCACGCCAACUACAUCAAGAAGCCCGCUCAGCUUCCGAUUCAGCAGCAAAAAACCGCAAAUCGAUCUCAGGAUCUCGCAAGCUCAAGCCUGCAGAUGAAGAUGAUCGCCAUCCAACCGAUAAAAGCUCCACAAAGCGACCAAAAGCCCAUGACCCUACCUUUUCCUCCCCACCUACUGACCCAGUCCCUUUCUUCCUUCCUCCGCCUGAUGACAAACCCUUCACAUCUUUCUUUUCCGAUCCCGACGAACGCGAAACCGCCCUCUCUGCAAUGCCAGGGAACUUCGAGGAGCGCACAACCCCCGUCCUGGCAUUCGGUCACCCCAUUCCUCGAGUAGGUGACUGGGAAUUCCAGCCACCCGAGGAUCUUCUUACCGAAGAAGCUCUCCAAGCUUCGCAGCGACAGCGACGUUUACUGAAACGACGAAGUCAUGGGUGA